AUGAAAACCCAUACCUAUAAUUACUACACACGUAGCCAAGCCCUAGCAGCCAAUUACGUCUGGUUUGAUUACCUCUCUUAUCUACAUCGACUUCAAACGUCGAGCUUUGCAUCCUACCACCGCCAUUUUCGCAGGGGGUUUCACCAACCUAUCUAUCUAACCUUGCCUAUUGUCAUUCAGUUCAUCUAUCACACAGUGACCAUGAAAAUUACAACAGUAGGAAUCACCAUCUUAAAUGAUCAGAUCCUUUCUCUAACGACUUGUACACAGCUUUAUGUCUAUCCCAUAAAGGCCCUUCGCGGCAUCAAACUCAAAUCAGCCCGAAUCGGGCCCCAAGGCAUUGCCCAUGACCGGACUUUCAUGCUCUUCCAGGUUUCUGAACCUGAUGGGGAGCUCAAGAAAAUGCAGGUCGAUUCCCAUCCACAAUGCGCUCUUUUUGAACAAGAGUUCUCGGGUGGUAACAUUUCGGUUCGAUAUCACGACCCAGAAAAUCAAGACCAAGAUGAGCAGCCGCUCGUGAUCCCACUCAUCGUCGACACUGCCACCCUCGCCAAAAUAAACGUCAAUCUUCAUGGCAGCGCACCAUCAUCAGCCUACUCAAUGGGAUCACCCUAUGAAGACUGGUUCACUGCCCGGUUUGGCUCUCCUAUCAGACUGGUCUACAUUGGAGAUGGGAAGAGGGCUGUACUGGGUGAUACCCUCCCUCCUAAGAAGCAUCAACAAACCACUCAGAAUGGCAAGGGCGGUUGGCUAUCAUCCCUAACGUCCUAUGUCACCGGAAGGGGUCAGGAGGGGAAGCCAUGGAUUACCUUCACUGAUGUCGCACCUUUACUUGUGACAUCCGAGUCGUCCCUACAUGAUGUCAGCGCUCGGCUGCCUGCUGAUCAACCCAUGCCCAUGUAUAAGUUUCGUCCCAACAUCGUGGUCGAUGGGCAGGGUGAAGAAGCCUGGGCGGAGGACUUGUGGGCUGAAUUGACCUUCAACAACAAGCACAAGCUGCUCCUCACCGGGAACUGCGUGCGAUGCGUGAGCUUAAAUGUUGAUUAUGAAACUGGCAAGCCCGCUGUGGGAGAGCUGGGGAGUGUUUUGAAGAAGUUGAUGAAAGACAGACGAGUGGAUACUGGGUCCAAGUGGUCGCCUGUUUUUGGCCGAUAUGCUUUCCCUGCUGUAAUGCAAGACAGCCAGGGUGCGAGUUUCGAGCUGAGGGUUGGGGACGAAGUGGAGGUCACCAAGAGAAAUGCGGAGCGAACUGUUUGGGAUUGGCCUGGGCUAUAA